UUAAGGCCAUUGAGCACACAGUUUCUCCAGGCCCAUCUCAACAGCCAGGAGGGUCCGGCCUUGCAGCGUUACAGCAGGAGGGAUACGCCUUUGAACAUUACACCAGCUCCCAAGAACCUGGCAGAGAGGACAUUUCAGAACCUUCGGGGAUGAAGUGAACCUGCUAAACGCGAGUAUUCUGAAGUCUCAGGAGGCUGGCCUGUUUAAAUGUCUGCGACCCAUGAGAAGGACAUAUAAGAAGCCAUGGCACUCCCUUUUCAAAAAGAGCUGGAGAAAUACAAGAACAUUGAUGAAGAUGAGCUUCUUGGCAAACUCUCAGAAGAGGAACUGAAACAGUUGGAAAAUGUUCUCGAUGACCUGGAUCCCAAGAGCGCACUUCUACCAGCUGGAUUCCGACAGAAAGACCAGACCCAGAAAGCAGCCACCGGCCCGUUUGACCGUGAACACCUCCUCAUGUACCUGGAGAAGGAGGCUUUGGAACAGAAGGACAGGGAAGACUUUGUGCCCUUCACUGGAGAAAAGAAAGGGAGAGUCUUCAUCCCCAAAGAAAAGCCCAUAGAAACUCGUAAAGAAGAAAAAGUGACCCUUGACCCAGAACUGGAAGAAGCUUUGGCCAGUGCCUCCGACACUGAACUCUAUGAUCUUGCAGCUGUUCUCGGGGUACACAAUUUACUCAACAAUCCAAAGUUUGAUGAAGAAGUGACCAAUGCUAAAGGUGGCAAAGCACCUGUGAGAAAUGUGGUCAAAGGUGAGAAGGUCAAACCAAUAUUUGAGGAACCGCCCAAUCCUACCAAUGUGGAAGUGAGUCUGCAGCAAAUGAAAGCCAAUGAUCCCAGCCUGCAAGAAGUCAACCUCAACAACAUUAAGAACAUUCCAAUUCCAACCCUGAAGGAAUUUGCAAAAGCUCUGGAAACCAACACUCAUGUAAAGAAGUUCAGCCUGGCUGCAACCCGUAGCAAUGACCCCGUGGCGAUCGCUUUUGCAGAUAUGCUGAAAGUGAAUAAGACCUUGAAAAGCCUCAACAUCGAAUCCAAUUUCAUCACUGGGACUGGGAUCCUGGCCCUGGUGGAGGCAUUGAGAGAGAAUGACACCCUGACCGAGAUCAAGAUCGACAACCAGAGGCAGCAGUUGGGAACAGCUGUGGAGAUGGAAAUUGCCCAGAUGCUUGAGGAGAAUUCAAGGAUCCUCAAGUUUGGAUAUCAGUUUACCAAGCAAGGGCCUCGAACGAGGGUGGCAGCCGCCAUCACAAAGAAUAAUGACUUAGUUCGUAAAAAGCGAGUUGAAGGAGACCGAAGGUAAACUUCUACAAGAGAAGGCAGAGUUGUACCAUGGUGGCCAUUGAAAAAGAAGCAAGCAAAAACUCAUCUCCUUCCCCGUCAGGACCAUUUUACCCAAGGUUGUGCAUUUCCGUUAACCACCCAGCUAAUCAUGUAAUUGUUGUUCUUUUUUAGCACUACUUAUUUAUCUUGGAUUUUUUAAUAUAUACAGUUGUCUCAUUUGCUCACGGGCACCUCUGGCCACUCGCACCAGUGGACCUCAGCAGACCCUAGUGGGUAACAGCAAUUGAAAAUUACUUCACCACUUUCAUAUUGGGUUGUCUGGCUUUCUUAUGUGAAUUUUUUUUUUUAAUCACUGAAAGGAGUUUAGUAUAUAUGUGUAUUUGUAACUGUGAUUACGAUAGAGGCCUAUCUCUGUUUACAUGCAUAGCUUUGAGUUAGGCUAAAUACAUCAGAAGUACUCUUCUGAACACAUAAGAAGUUAGUAUUGCCAAUCUUUCACUGGAUGAGAAAAUGUGACCAGCUUGGCACAAGUUCUCCCCUAGUUCCAGAAAAAUCACUAAAUGCACAUGCCCCACUAUUUGAAGAUCAGUGGAAUCAUCUUCCUGAAAGCAAGGCAGCAUUAUGAUACUUUUAAUACAACAUCAGCAAAUAAGUCUGAAAUAGUAACCCAUGAACGGUCUUUAAGGCAGACUUACAGGCAGCAAAAUUAAUCAGCACACCUACUUUUAUUGAUGAUUCAACACAAAUUCGAUCUUUAACAUUACUCUAAUAGAUAACUUUUUACAAAGCUGUUUUAAACUUUUCCAGACGUGAUGGGAAAUUUUUAAAUUUUAGAAACAGGGCGGCUUUUAAAACAGUACAUUCCUCAAUAAAACAAAAAUAAUUGCACCUUAGUCAGAAUCGUCUGAUACAUAUGACUGAGUCAUUUUGGCUAAUUUAAAAGCAUUUAUUGCUUUACCUUUAGUGUGACGAGAUCACAGAAUGAAAUGUGAGUGUUCCCGUUAUGUAUACAGACAUUUAUCCGUACGGCAUGCUCUAUCCAGACGUUUGCAGACAUCAGGGGUUAAAAUGGGAAUGAUCGCUUCUCCACAUCUCAAGGACGAAGACUGUGAAUGUACAGCUGAGAUGAUUGUGUGGUUGUGUGCAGUAGCUUCUCAUCUAGCAUUGCAACAGUAUGAUGCUCAACUAAGGAAACUCGGGACUUCAGCCUUUGGCUCAAGCUCCCAGGCCUCUGAUGGCAGACGGUGCCUGAGGCUGUCGUUGGUGGCACUCGGACCCUGCCUUGGGCACCUCGCCCUCUUUCCCUUCUGCUCUCUUCUCCUGGGCUUCCUUCCAACUCUUUCUCUUUUCCCUUUUGUCUGAAAUCCUGAGCCUUGUAAAGGCGACCUCCCUCUACCUGGAGCUAAAGAGAGUGCUGACUCAGAAGAAGAUGGCUGGGCCCAAGUCCAAAUGUGUUCGGUGACUGAGCAUUCCUGAGUUGCUCGAUAGUAGUAAGACAAGCUAAUGAGAAAACAAUGAGUGUAUUAUUCCAGUUAGCUUGUAAAACGUAGGGAAUCUGGCUAGGAGGGAGAGCCUUCAUGACAUUGGCUGUUUUACCUGAUUUGUAAGAACUCACAUCUCUAAAAUCCUUUGAGACAUCUCAUUUUCUUGACAAUAUUUUACAUUUUUUUGAGGGAAUAAUGAGCAGAGAUAUUGAGCAGAGAUAUCAGCAGAUGUUGGUAGAUUUUGAGUCCUCAAAUCCCUUAAUUAGCUUUUGACUGUAUCUCUCUCUUUAAAAGACAUAGUAAAUACCUUUUGGUGGUUUUCAAUUUGAUUUUUCCUUCCCUAUUACUCAUAUAGGUGUGGUAUAUUGGAGCCAACUCAUACAGGCUUACCAAGUAUUAAAUUUUCUUUCUUUCUUUUUUUAAAGAUUUUAUUCACCUGUUUGACAGAGACACAGUGAGAGAGGGAACACACAUAGGGGGAGUGGGAGAGGGAGAAGCAGGCCUCCAGCCAGGGAGCAGGGAGCCCCAGGCAGGGCUCAACCCCAAGACCCUAGGACCACGACCCGAGCCAAAGGCAGACGCCUAAAAAUGAGCCACCCAGGCACCCCUCAAGUAUUAAAUUUUCAAGAAUUUUUGCAAACUCAUUAAAUACAGCCAUUAUUAAAAACUAAAUAGCAUGCACUUGAAAUUAGUUUAUUUUUAAAACAAAAGUAAUACUCAAAACUAUCUUUUAGUUUUCUUUACUCUUGAGAUUCUUCAGAUCUAUAUUGUGUCUGUGUGACAGAAAUAUUGUCUAAUGAUGUGCUGUUGUGAAUCUCUUCCCAACUCAGAAGUUUAGGGCUUCUUGUUGGUGGUUCGAACUUGGCCAUGAUGGGAGUACUUUUACUAUGAAAAUUAGCAAAUGUUACAAAUCAAAUGUUUGCCCCCCUAGGUUGCUGGUUGAUAAACAUUCAUCAGCACACCACAGGGUAGAAUAUACACAGUUCCUUUUUUGUGUACACGUUUCGGUUACCAUGUUGCUAUAGGGAAGUACCUUUCUCUUAAGUGUCUUUCUCCUGUCCCUUUAGAUUUGUUGCAGAUACAUUAAGUGCCAAGUCCCUGACAUGCCCUUCAAGGAAGACUUUUUCCUUUCUUUUCUCUUUCAUUCUCUUUCUUGCCUUCACCUCUACAAAGCCCUGUGUCCUACAGAGUGUUCCCUGCAGCCCUCAGGACUGGGGCUAAAGCAGUUCCUGACAAACUCUGGCAGAAAGUAAGAAAAAAAAGUCAUAAUUUGAUGGUGACCAUGCUGUGGUUGUUGAUAGUAUUAAAGCAAAAUAGUGGGCUAUUAGCAAAACUUAGCCCUGCUUUUAGCUAGUGAAAUAAUUGGGUCACAGGUAAUAGAGUUUAUAAAAUCAAAUAUUUAUUACUAAUCAGUUUAUCUUUUCAUUGAUUGUGUUUUUAAAGUAGCUUGAAAGGUGACAUUUCCGUAAGUAUUCACAUAUUAAAUAUUGGAAGAUAAACUUACAUUUUGGGGACCCUGUAAAUCAUUGAAUUAGCCCAGGACUUCAUUUCUCCCAUUUGCCCAAAGUGUGUAAGUAGAAGCUUUUUCAUAAUCCUACACAUGAUUACCCCAUUACCAUCCAUCAUAGUGGUGCAUAAGGUAUAUAAAAUAUUUUUAUAUGUAUGCAUUUUUGCCAAAUACUGUGUUUUGAGGUAUUUGGCAACAUCUGGACAACUGAUUGAAGGGAGACAGUCUCUCCCCAGACCACCUCUCUUCCCCUUUGGGGCUUAUACAGGCCCAUGCUAGUGUCAGAUCAUUCAUUAGGAUAUGCGGGCUCCUAUCACUGGCACCCAUCCGAGCAUAUGUGGAGGACAACUCUUUAGGAGAGAAUUUUGGAAGUCUAGAGAUCGUAUAAUUAGUCCAACACUACAACUCCCCAUCUGCCCGAAGCAUGUAAUGGAAGCUAUUUUAUCCUCAUUAACACAAUUACAUCCUUUCCUUUCCUCUUGGAAGGGCAUAAUGUAAAUAAAUGUGUGUGUGUGUGUGCAUGAGUGUGUGUGUGUGUGUGUGUGGCCAAAUACCUAAUUAUCUAAUGAGGUAUGUGGCUACAUCUGGACCACUGAUUGAAGGGAGAUGUGCUCUCCCCAGCUCCAUUGCCCUUGUCCUUUUUAGCACUGCUGCAGGCCCAGGUUCAGUGCAGAUCACCGCCUGGAGUUGGCAGCUUAGGUCACCAAGCACCAAAUUUCACAGCAUGUAUAGAAGAUAACUCUUAGGGAAUAAUUAUUAGAAGCCUAGAAAUCAUUUUAUUGUUCUAGCACCAAACUCUUCAUAUGCCUAAAGUUUGUAAGUACAAACACGUUCAUUUUCAUCAACGUGAUUAUUACGCCCCUUCCUUUCAUCGUGGUAGGGUAGAUUGUAUAUAAAUAUUUUUUACAUAAAGAUCACCAAAUACUGUAAGUGGUAUUUGGCUAAAGCUGGACGCCACAUUGAUGGGAGAUGCUAUCUCCCAGUCCCUCUUCCCUUAACCUCUUGGAGCUGCUGCGAGCCUAAGUUAGAGAAUCGCUAGCCUGGAGGGGCACGCGCAGCUCACCCAUCUUAGAACACCAGUUCAUCUUACGAUAAAAGCCCAUCUCCAUUUAAAAACUCAGAAAACAUCCCAAUGCCUAUACUCCUCAGAACAAUUUCCCUAAGGGAAGCUUGGUACAGCAGACCAAAAAAACAACUGCUUCUCUUCCAGACAGAAAGGUGGCCCCUGGCAGGGCACCAGCAUGAGGGAAACCAGUGUGCUCUGAAAAACUACCAUGAGAACAUUUCAGACACUCAAACUUGAAACCAGUGUGAAGCUUCAGCAUGCUUUCAAUGUGGGAGAGGCAUUUAAAUUUACAUAAGAGUUUGUAGAUACUUCCUUUUUUCAGAGAUAAUGAUGUACUUAGCCCUCUCCCAGGCAGUGUAAAGCAGACUGAGAAAGUGUAAGAAUUCUGGAUUAAUACAAUUUGAGAUGUAUUUCUGGGUCUUGGGGGUAGAGUGCCUUUUUGCAAAGUGGAUACCAUCUUUUUAGUUCAAGUUUUGAUAGCAUCGGUGGAAGUGGGCAGGGAGCAGUAAGUUACAAAUAACUACAUUCUGUGGUAUGUUCCCUCUACUGAGUUGGAAAUGUUUCUAGUGUCAGAUUUUAAAUCGUGAUCCUGAAGCUUCCUUCCUCUCUUCCACUAAUUAUGCAAUAAUAGCGGUUUUCAUUUUAAUGAGCAGAGAACAAAAGAGAAAUGUUUUAGCUCUGCCUUCCAGUACCAGGUUCCCCUUACUGCUCCUCACUUCAAAUAUCCCUGCCAUUUACCAGACCCCCCUCAGAGCUCAAGGAUUGGGACAUAUGCAAGGAUUGGGACACAAGGUGUGAGAAUGCUUGGCAGCACCAGGCUGAGCCCUCUGGAUGAAAGUCACAGGGUUGGGUCCUCCAAGAACAAGCUUGAGAAAGAAGAGUACCCAGAACCUCAAGAUGGAUUUAUCGUUUUCUUGCCCCCAACUCUAGAUUAGAUCAAAUUUUGUUUUGUGGUUCAGAAGUUAUUAAGUGGAGGGGCUGGGUGAGGUGGGGAGGAAGAUGGAAAUUGAAGGUCUCCAUUUGCUUAAGGGGAGAAGUAAGUUCUGCUCAGCUCACCGCCUUCCUAUCUGCCCAUAACAGUAAUGAUUAAACAUCCAGGAGAUGGGUGGAGAAAGUGCUUCAAAGUUUAAAGUUGUUACCUGGCUCUGGGUACUGUUCUAGGAAGGCCAUACACUUAGCAGAAGUCAUCCCAGUUUUGUGAUGCAUCAUUGACUUGGGAGAGGAUGAAGGAGACUGGAUUUUCCUCUGACAUCUUCCAUGGUAGUCAUUUUGAGCACACCGGCUCUGUUAGUUGGUAUGGUGGAAGGGCACCAUACUAACAGACUCAGAGGCUGACUCCCAAUCCCAUCACCAACACUUAGCAGGUAUAUGAUCAUGGGCAAUUCAUUCAAUUGCCUGACAAUUAUAGUCUACAUAGGGGGAAGAGCACUGGAUUUGGAGUCAAGACACCUGGACACUUGGCUCCACACUUUCUUAGCUGGGUGACCUUGUGGCAAGCCACUUAGUCUCUCAAGCCUAAGAUUCUUCAGCUAUAUUAUAAUGGGAAUAAUAUCUUCACUAACUACCUCACAGAUUUGUGGUGAGAAAAUAAUCAGAUAAUGGGAUGAAAACACUAUACUGGAAAGGGCUAUACAGAAGUUAGAGAUCAUUUUCAUCAUCUAUUCACUAAUGUUUUCCACUGCUUCUUAAAUCUGUUUUGUUUUGGUUUUUUUUCCUUCUGAGCAUUGAGUAUGAGCAACCACAGCAUGGAGAUGACAUAGGGGACUGGAAUUAUUUCAUUUUUAACACAGAGACAGGAGAGGUAGUUGACGGGUGGGUGUUAUAUACCAGUGAUGUGUGUGGUAGAGCAUUUCCCCUGGGUUAUCUUGACAGUACCUGGACGUGGUAAGGACCCUUGCAGUGAGUCUAAGGCUGGACACUUGGGGGAACAAAUAGUGAUUAAGAAUUGAGGGGAGAGUCUGGGGCAAUGCUGCUCUCCUGCCAGGCUCUGACACCACGGGGCUAAUCUAUGACUUGAGGUGUGGACAGGAGACCUAGAAGAGAAGAUUAUCUUUAAGGCCCUAGCAGCUCCUUGACAGGCUCAAGUCCUGAUAGCGAAGGGGAGAAAGUGUCACCUGUGAGAUCAGCUGUCCCGGGCAGCAACUGCCUUGUUAUCACCAGCAACCUUUGCCCUAGUCAGUAUUUCUGUGCUUAGAAAAAUACUGAAACAUGGUAUCACGGGGCUUUCAUAAGCACGUGGAGGCAGGGACCAUCUCAUCAAGCUUUGUGUCUCCAGUAGCAUCUAGUGAGGUGCUUUGUAUAUAUCAGGUGCUUCAUAAAUGUUGCUUGGGUUGAACUGCCCUCCUGCCCCACAAGAAUGAUGCUCCAUUGGUCAUCACAUGAUAUUUGGAAAACAGUGCUGACUCAGAUGCCGGCUGUGUGUGACUUUGGGCAAGACUCUCCAUCUCUCUCAUCUUUAUUUCAUCUGUAAAAUGAAAGUGAGUGGAUUAGAUGCUCUCUAAGAUCCUCCCAGCUCCCAAGCUUUACAAUAACCCUGUGAUUCUGAAGUUUCCAUUGCCUCUGAGCAUGCGUGAAUAAUGCCUCCACUGCAGUUCCAUCUCUCUUCAAAAGGUUUCUUAGCCAGAAGAAGAGGUCUGAACAUUCCACAGACAGUUGUCUGUUCCUCUUUAGCGGCUUUUACUGUCUUCAGGAUAGUGCUGGGGGAGCAGCCUUCUCUGAAAGGAGAUUUUAAAAUACACAAUAUUUUCUCCUCAAAAUUGGCGGAGAAGAGGAAAUGCAAAGAAGGAAACUGAGUGCAGUAAACACAGCGGGUUUUUCACAGGCUUUUGCUUAAAGUGUGUGUGUGUGUAUGAGUGUGCGCUUCUGAGCACAUAUUGACAACACGGAGAAACCAAUCGGAAAUACACUGUGCAAUUGAGGCAAGCUGGCCCAGGUUUUAAAAUUUCCCAUGGAUAAUCUAAAUCCAAAUAGAUAGGAAUUGGCCAUAUGGUGGAAUGAGAUGAAUAGAAAAUAUGCUUUUUAAGGAAAUUUUUAGUACCAAACAUUGCCAGUGACAAUCUUUAGUUAAGAAUGAAAUUAUUCUGACCUAAAAUUCUUAUCUCUGUCAUUUUGGUUUUUUAAAAAACCCACAAUAUUCAUGGAAUUAUAUGAUAUUUUAAUUAAACAUUUAUCUUAAUUCUGUUUCAUCUACUCAAGGAAAACAAGCAGCAUUUUUCAUUGCAUUUAAAAAUGUAAAAUACUUGCAUGCCACUAAUCGUAAUAUCUUACCAGUUGGAUGCCUGUAAUGUGUGACCUUAUGUGUACCUGUGUUGUUUUGAAGAGAACAAAGGAAAUAAUACUUUGUAAACUGUUUAAACUUAUGUUGGCGACAUUUAUUUGGCUAGGCAGUUAUUGAAAAAUUCAUAUAGUUUCACUUUUCAUUUUGAAACUUUUCAAUCAAAGGUAGACAUUUAUUCAUUAGGGGAUUAAAAACUAAUUUGCCUUUUAAAUGUGAAAGUGGACAUUGUGGGAAAUAAGUGUGUGAUAAAGCAAAAUGUAUGAAGUAUGACAUCCUCUUACUGGGAUAAUUAAUAAGAAUCCCAAUGGAACAAACAGGUGCAAUGUUUGACCCUUUGGAAUUAACCAGCCAGACCUAAUGGUAAGGUAAAUGUAUACUGUUUUAAUUCAUCAAGAUCUUUCUGCUUUCAAAGAUAUGAUGUAUUCAUUUAUGUCUGGAAUGAAGUUUCCAAGUGAAAAUUUACAGAACAUUAGGAAUUAAUAAACUUUCCUUUUAAAAUGAAAGUAAA